AUGGAUUAAUUAAAAUUAGGUUAUUGGAAUGUUCCAUAUAAAGGUCAACCAAUACGAUAUAUUUUAUAAUUAGCAAAAUAUAAAUAUGAAGACUAGCAAUAUUCGUUUGAAGAUUACAAUUAAUGGUUUUAAAUAUAAAAGUAUACUUUAGGUUUACCUUUCCCUAACCUUCCAUAUAUAAUACAUAAAGAUUUAAAAAUAACUGAAUCUUAAAAUUGUAUGAAUUAUGUAUUAGAAAUUACUCAUUUAGAGCAUUUAUAAGGACAGGGAAAUCAAAAAUAUAUAAUUGGAAAUAUUAGAUAUUUAAUAGAUGAAUUGAUUUCUAAAGAAUUUGAGGCAAAUUAUAAAUAAGAAGAAGAAAAAACUAAAAUUUUAUAAGAAAAAAUAAUACCUAAAAUGAAAUAUUUAUAAGAUUUUUUAGGAGAAAAGACAUUUUUUUUGAAUUUAUUACUCUUAUAGAUGUUUAUUUUUAUGUUUUUGUAAAUAAUUUUAGAAAACAUUUCCCUAUAUAAUAUACUUAAUUUUAAAAUUAAUUCGAACCUAUUCUUAAAAGAUUUGAGGAAAUUAAAGAAAUAAAGGAAUAUCAUUAAACUGAAAAAUAUAAACAAUUCGUAUUAUGAAUAAAAUUAAUAUUUAUUAUUUUUACUAUAAUUUUACUUAAAAUAAAAUACUUAUAUUAUUAAAAAAAAGAAUAUCUUUUAAUUUUAAAUAUUAAGAAAAAAUAUUUUUAUUUAUUAAAAAAUUAUAAAUUAAAUAAAAAAAAAAUUGAUAUUAAUAGAAUUUUACUUAAAUUUUAUUAUAUAUAUAAAUUAAAAUUGA